AUGACUCGCAAACGCCGUAACGGAGGACGAGCCAAGCACGGCCGCGGGCACGUGAAGGCUGUGCGUUGCACAAACUGCGCCCGAUGUGUACCUAAGGACAAAGCUAUCAAGAAAUUUGUGAUCAGGAAUAUUGUCGAAGCGGCCGCUGUCAGAGACAUCAACGAAGCCUCCGUUUAUGCCUCAUUCCAGUUGCCUAAACUUUACGCUAAGUUGCACUACUGCGUCUCCUGCGCAAUCCACAGCAAGGUGGUCCGCAAUCGCUCCAAGAAGGACAGACGCAUCCGUACACCACCCAAGAGCACCUUCCCUCGGGACAUGGCUCGCCCACAAAAUGUACAGAGGAAGUGA